AUGAAUACAAACAUGAUUUUCUUUAUGGCUAACCUGUUAGAAACUCAAUGUAAAAAUGUAUAUGCUUCAGGAGAGCAUUUUCAUCACAUUAGCUAUAUAUUUUUAAAUGAAAAUAUUAAAAGUAAUCCUUUUUUAAAAUUAAAUUUUAUUUAUUUAUUUAUUUUUUUAUUACAGAGAGGAAGGGAGAAGGAUAGAGAGUUAAAAACAUCGAUGAGAGAGAAACAUCAAUCAGCUGCCUCCUGCACACUCCCUACUGGGGAUGUGCCCGCAACCAAGGUACAUGCCCUUGACUGGAAUUGA